AUGGCAGACUCAGGGUCCCCCUCCACAGCCACAACUGUUGUUGCAGUGGGCCUGGUUGCCGUCACAGUCGGCUACUUUCUAGGCCAGGGGUCCAAUAUUGGGCUAUUCAGCAUUUCUGGGAAAACCCCACAGCCUGCUAGUAAGAUGAGGAGCUGGCCAAAUAGCUACAAUGUUACAAUACAUCCUGACUCCAGUGACGAGGAGUUGAUGGCACAACAGAGGGCUGGGGCCGGAACACAAGCAGAUGAUAAUGAAAGUGAUGAAGAAUGUGAUGGGAAAGAGCUGAAGGAUUUCUCGAAUACUGCAGAAGAAGUCAAGUUGGUAUUGGUGGUGAGGACGGACCUCGGUAUGGGGAAAGGCAAAAUUGCAGCACAAUGCUCCCAUGCAACGCUAGCCUGCUAUAAAUACCUCAUCAACCAUGCGCCCUCAGCUGCUCUCUUGCAACGAUGGGAAAGAGGAGGCCAACCCAAGAUAGCAGUGCAAGCCAAAUCAGAAGACGAUUUGAUGACUUUGCAAGCACAAGCAGUAAGCUUAGGCCUGUGCACAAGAGUUAUACAUGAUGCGGGAAGGACUCAAAUAGCUGCAGGUAGUGCAACUGUCCUGGGUGUCCUAGGGCCGAAGAGUGUCGUCGACCAGGUUACAGGACAGCUAAAGCUUCUCUGA